GGAGCGGUCGGGUACGAGGCGCAGCCCGUUCUCAGCUAGCCUGUCGCUGCUCGCGGCCUCACUCCAUCCGUGCCUCUUCUCCCCUGGAAAGGGAGGGGGCCUCGACAUCGGAAGGCAGUCGCCGCGGUCGCGGGAGCUCGAAGUCGCCAGGAGGACUUCUCUCAAGCUUGUGUGCUGAGGAGACUCAGAUGUUGGCCUCAGCUCUUAGGCUGAACUCGGCAGAUUGGCCCAUGAAAACUUCUGUUUUGAGACAAAGGAAAGGAUCCGGUAGAAAGCAACACCUAUUAUCCUGGGCUUGGCUGCAAGGAAGAGUACAGGUGGAAAUCCAGCAAUCUGAAAAGCGGACUGAAAGGUGACAUAGAAGCUGAAGAUGGGUGGUGGAGAGAGGUACAACAUUCCAGAUCCUCAAUCUAGAAAUGUUAGUAAGAACCAACCACAGCUUAAUAGACAGAAGACCAAGGAUCAGAAUUCCCAGAUGAAGACUGUUCAUACAAAAAAAGAAAGAGGACAUGGCUAUAACUCACCAGCAGCUGCAUGGCAAGCCAUUCAAAAUGGGGGAAAGACGAAAAACUUCCCAAAUAAUCCAAAUUGGAACUCGAAUUUAUCAAGUCCUAGCUUGCUUUUUAAGUCUAAAGCUAAUCAGAACUAUGCUGGAGCCAAAUUCAGUGAGCCGCCAUCUCCAAGUGUUCUCCCCAAGCCACCCAGUCACUGGGUUCCUGUGUCAUUGAAUCCUUCAGAUAAGGAAACAAUGACAUUCCAACUGAAAACUUUACUUAAAGUACAGGUAUAAGAUUAAGUAGUUUAAAUUUAGCCACAAUUACAAAUGGUGCUUGACCGGUCUCAAAUUCUUUAGAUUGUGCAAAACUGCUAAUGAUGUAAAAAUGUUAUUAUCAUGUUUUUAUGUGCUGUGUGCACUGUGUAAUAGUACAGUGCAACUUCAAAUAACUAAGUGAUUGUACUUGAGUUAGUGUUCGCAAAUGAGUAACUUUGAAAUGAGACCAUUGAAGGUUAAAUUUGGGAGCAAUGUUAAAGGAAUUACUUUAAUCUUGGGAGAGAGCAAUUUAAUACUUAUAGGUCAGGUUUACUUGUAAAGAUGUACAAAAAAAAAAAAAACCUAGGCUGACAUUUUAAAGUUUAAUGCCCUAGAAACACCCAAACUAGUAACAUGCCAAUAGCCCAAUGCACUGCCAGAAGAAAAUGUGAAUUUUCCUUAAUAGUAGCAUUUUACUGAACUGUAUAGUAGCAAAUGUGUAACUGGUGUUUGUGGCUUAUUGGAACAAGGCACAGUAGACCUCAGUGGUCUGGUUUCUUAAAUGUAAAUAGAUAGGUGUUUGCCAGUAAGAUGCACCAAAACUUUUUCACAGUAGUAUUAAGAGAUCACUAUGUUUUUAGUUUUUUAUUCUUAAUAAUUGUUGCCAG